AUGAACUUGAGACAGCGUUCGAAUGACGAAUUGAAAUGUCCACGGGACAUUUUCCGGAGUAGAUUAAUUUAUGAAAUUUUUGUUCAUAAGUUUUCUACUGGAUUUUCGUUGUUGGCCCUGAGUAUGGGAAUUUGGUGUUAUGUCGUUGGUGGUCCAGUCGCAUCUGCUGUUUUGAUGGCUUCUCUGGUUUUGGGUGGAGUCUUUCUAUCUGUGCUGCUAAUAGCUUUUAGCGUUUUCUCUGAUACGCCUUGGUACUUCAAGGUUCUUAUUGCAGUGGCGUUGUAUGCGAAGCGUACAUCGAUAAGAAAUGCUGUUGACGAGAAAUUGGCGUGGGGGGAUGGUUUCAACGGGAAAUUAGGGUGGGAUGUAGGAACGGUAAGAGAUUACAUGCGUGAAAUUUUGAUCGCGAAUCCCGGCGACGAUCAGGCGAAAUGGGAUUCUAUUGCGGCCAAUAUGAAUUCUGUCAUUUACGUCAAGAGUUGGUGGGCUACACCUUACUUUUUUUACGACGGUUACAAUUGUCAGUCGUGGUUUGACAGCAGGUAUGUGGGCCCGUUUUUGAAAGACGAGGACCGAUUUCCACCCAUCCUGAGACCCUUUAUAAGUGCGGCAGUUAAAAGCUAUGUGCGAAAUUCUGAAGAACAAUUGCAACGACUCGCGGAAGAUGUUGUCUCUGAGACUGCAUCUGUGGAUGACUCUUACCCAAAGUGA